GUGCUAGGGUUGCUGUGAUCUGCUCGCUCGGCUGCAGCCAGGGGAGCCGGGCACCCCGGGUUCUGAGGGAAGGAGGAGGCAUGGCCUCGGUGUUCAUGUGUGGAGUGGAGGACUUGCUGUUCAACGGCAGCCGCUUCGUGUGGAACCUGACCGUGUCCACGCUGCGGAGAUGGUACACGGAGAGACUGCGGGCUUGCCACCAAGUGCUGCGGACGUGGUGUGGGCUGCGGGACGUGUACCAGAUGACAGAAGGCAGGCACUGCCAGGUGCACCUCCUUGAUGAUAGGAGGCUGGAGCUGCUGGUUCAGCCCAAACUUUUAUCAAGAGAAUUGCUGGACCUUGUGGCUUCACAUUUCAACCUGAAAGAAAAGGAGUACUUUGGAAUCACAUUUACAGAUGACACAGGUCAACAGAACUGGCUACAGUUAGAUCACCGAGUCCUUGACCAUGAUUUGCCCAAGAAACCAGACCCAACCAUUUUGCACUUUGCUGUGAGGUUUUACAUUGAAAGCAUAUCGUUUUUAAAGGAUAAGACCACCGUGGAGCUGUUUUUCCUGAACGCGAAGUCCUGUGUGCACAAGGGGCAAAUUGAAGUAGACAGUGAAACCGUCUUCAAGUUAGCCGCGCUGGUUUUACAGGAAGCUAAAGGAGAUUACACCAGUGAUGAAAAUGCCAGGAAAGAUUUAAAGACUCUACCAGCCUUUCCAACCAAAACUCUUCAGGAGCACCCAUCCCUUGCUUACUGUGAGGACAGGGUAAUUGAGCAUUACUUGAAAGUCAAAGGUCUGACUCGAGGUCAAGCUGUGGUUCAGUAUAUGAAAAUAGUAGAAGCUCUACCAACAUAUGGAGUCCACUAUUAUGCAGUAAAGGAUAAACAAGGACUUCCUUGGUGGCUUGGAAUCAGCUAUAAAGGAAUUGGCCAGUAUGAUUUACAAGACAAAGUGAAACCUCGGAAACUAUUCCAAUGGAAACAACUGGAGAACUUAUAUUUCCGUGAGAAAAAAUUUGCUGUUGAAGUUCAUGACCCACGGAGGAUUUCGGUGUCAAAAAGAACCUUUGGGCAAAGUGGCCUUUUUGUGCAAACCUGGUAUGCAAGUUCUUCUCUCAUCAAGUCCAUCUGGGUAAUGGCAAUUAGUCAGCAUCAGUUUUACCUGGACCGGAAGCAAAGCAAAGCAAAAAUUCCUUCAGCCAGAAGUUUAGAUGAUAUCGCAAUGGAUUUGACAGAAACAGGAACACCAAGGACCUCCAAACUGGUCACUCUGGAGGCAAAAAGUCAGUUCAUUAUGGCCAGCAAUGGCAGCUUAAUUUCCUCAGGUUCCCAAGACUCAGAAGGUAGUGAGGAACAAAAGAGAGAGAAAAUCCUUGAACUCAAGAAGAAGGAAAAGCUGUUGCAAGAAAAACUCCUGAAAAAAGUUGAGGAGCUUAAGAAGAUCUGCUUGCGGGAGGCCGAGCUCACAGGCAAAAUGCCAAAGGAAUACCCACUGAACAUAGGUGAGAAACCUCCUCAGGUCAGAAGGCGUGUAGGCACCACAUUCAAAUUAGAUGACAACUUGCUGCCCAGUGAAGAGGAUCCCACUUUGCAAGAGCUGGAGAGCAAUUUCCUGAUACAGCAAAAGCUGGUUGAAGCUGCAAAGAAACUUGCCAGUGAGCCAGACCUUUGUAAAACCGUGAAAAAAAAAAGGAAGCAAGAAUACACGGAUGCAGUGAAAAAGCUUCAGGAGAUUGAAAAUGCAAUAAAUGAAUACCGAAUUAGAUGUGGAAAGAAACCUAGCCAGAAGGGGACAGUAAUUUUACCAGAAGACAUAAUCCCCUCAGAGAGCAGCUCCUUGUCUGACACUACCACUGGUGACGAUACCGGUGACACCUUCACACUUGCUGGGCAGCGAUCAAGUUCAGUACCUCAUUCUCCAAGGAUUCUUCCCCCCAAGUCUCUUGGUAUUGAGAGAAUCCAUUUCAGAAAAUCCCCCAUCAAUGAACAGUUUGUGGAUGCCCGGCAGUUCAGAGAAAUGCUGUCAACACACAGCAGCCCUUACAAAACCCUGGAAAGGCGGCCCCAGGGAGGACGAAGCAUGCCUACCACCCCUGUGCUCACCCGAAACGCGUACAGCAGCAGCCACCUGGAGCCAGAUUCCUCUCAGCACUGCCGCCAACGGAGUGGCAGCCUAGAGUCCCAGUCUCACCUGCUGUCUGAGAUGGACCACGACAGACCCUUCUUCUCCCUCCGCAAAUCCCAAAGGAGCAGCAGCACUGAAGUCUUGGAUGACGGGUCCUCCUGCACCAGCCAGUCCAGCGCUGAGUACUACUGUGUGACGCCCGUGACAGGCCCCUAUCACUGUGCUCACACCCUGGACACCCGUGCCAGGGGCCGGAGAAGGUCCAAGAAACAGAACGUUUCCACUUCAAAUUCGGGAAGCAUGCCCAACCUUGCCCAAAGGGAUAGUCUGAGGAAUGGCGUCUAUGCAAAGAGCCAUGAGCAGCCUUCUUCCAGCUACUACAUAGCCGGGUACACGCCAUAUGCAGAAUGUGACCUUCAUUACAGUGGCAGCUAUGUCUAUGAGAAUGACACUGAGGGACAGUACAGUGUCAAUCCUUCCUACCGCUCCUCAGCCCACUAUGGAUAUGACUGCCAGAGGGACUACAGCAGGUCCUUCCAUGAAGAUGAGACAAACCGGGUGCCCCAUAACCCAUAUGCAACCCUCCGGCUGCCGAGAAAGGCAGCUGCACCCGAGCACAUCACCAAGAACAUCCACAGGGCCUUAGUUGCAGAGCACCUGCGUGGCUGGUACCAGAGGGCCUCUGGGCAAAAGGAGCAUGGGCAUAGCCCACAGACCAGCUUUGACUUGGACAGGGGGUCACAGGGAUGCCUAGGGUUUGCUGGGCUACAAGUACCCUGUUCUCCAGGCAGUCGUGCAUCUUCCUACUCUUCAGUGUCUUCUACAAAUGCUUCUGGGAACUGGAGGACCCAGAUAACAGUUGGGUUUUCUGAAUACGAGACCCUGGCACAUCCUUCUUACACCAGCUGCUACGGCAACAUCUAUAAUCCUUUGUCCUCUCCAGGCAGACAAAACCAAGGGCUUCUGUCCCAGAGAACGGUUGUGUCUCCAGAAAUGAGAUCAGUUUUAAAUUCUCUUUUGCUAGGUGUAGCCAGCUGUAACAAUACACAGAGACCAGUCAACUGGACAGUACAGAUGGAAACCAGUUGGAACCAGACAGCCUGGAAAAUAGUGAGCAGAGGCUCUUUUGGCAUGAAGAUUCAAAGCCUGGAACAUUAGUCUGAAACUGCAGCUGGACCUCUUGACCAAGCACUGCGUUCUCACACUAGUGUGCCUUGCAGAAUUAGUUUGUCUUCCCAGAAGGCCAUUUGGCUUUAGAAACCUAAAGACAGCAUCAGAGGUUGAAGCGAGGACUCACAUUGCCCCAGAAGUGAAUCCCACACUAAGCUGCACAAAGCCCCUGCAAGAGAACCUGCCUUUCAAAGUCCAGACGCUAACCUAGCAGAGCAAAAGGUCAGACCACAUGCUGAACCAUUGCCAAGGGAGGAUGUAAUCUCUAUCAAUAGCAAGCACUUUUUAAGGAAUAAACGUUGAAGGCAAACCUUGAAACUGUGAAAAGUGCUUUCAGGAUCUCCAAGAAAAAAGAAAGAUGGGAAAUUUCAGAGCACAAUUCAGAAUGAAGACAGAAGGGAAGCCAGAGCUCCGUAGUCAUUACUCACCAUCAGAAAAUUUGGAUUUGAGAGCUGACAAAGAAUGACACUGCUUCUACACCAUCAUGAACUGAGACAGUAUUGGAAAAUUACUUGAAGAGAAGCUGGAUUUUUAUAAAAUUCUGAAUGGGUAUAAAUGUUUUUAGGAUUUUAUAAAGAGUGAUGGUUUUCAUAAGCACCAUACAAUGGGUUCUAGAAAGACUUAUUGCCAUAGCAUCCUGUAAUAAAACUUUAUGGUAGCAGAUUGGGGAAAAUGAAGCAGCCCACUGAAUAACUGACAAACUGCUUGGAGAAUUUUCUGAGGUACAAUAUCAUUGAGCUCCUUUUUUCUUUCUAUACCAUUGGUAUGACGAGCUAUUAUUCAGGCUGUUAACUCUCCAACUUGGCUGUCAUUUGAAAUGGCAAACUUGAUAUGGAAAUUCUCUAAUCAAGAAUUUGAAAAAGUAUUUUAAGGUGUUAUGGAAAGAACCCAAAACAAAGUCAAGGAAAAAAACCCGACAUCAUUUUAAAUGAAUUGUGUGCCUUAAAAUGGUGACUGUUAGAAAAAUAAGCAUAUUAUCGAGAUUCCACAGGUAGUUUUAAGUCACCAAGUGACAAAAGCAAGAUUAGUUGGUAACAAGGAAAAAAAAAAAAAACCCUCCAAGCUGCAGUAGAUCUAAUUAUGAGGCUAAAACUACCUCAUACUUUCUGUGGAAGAACUAAUUAGCUAUAGUUCAUUGUUGAGGUUUUGUUAAACAAAUAUUUCCAUCUUCCAGAUCUUUUUUGUCAUCUUUACUCUGCUUGAAAAUUCCAUAAAAGGUGCUCCUUUACCCCUUUUAUACAGGUUUCUUGUUCUUUUUGUGACUCGAGAAGUUUCUGAACAACUGUUUUGGAACAUUUUCUAUCGCUAUUCCAAAGCACAUAAUAUAUACAUAAAGUUGAUUUGUUAAACUGGUCCUUAGUCAUUUGUAUCAUUAAAAUGAAGUUUGGGGAAAAAAUUUGGAACAAAAAAAGGACAUGCGAAAAAAUAAUAACAAUUCCUUUGCGUAUUUGUUUAGCCUUCUAGAAACA